AUGUCCCAUCCAUCAACUACUAAAAUUGAAAUUUUACAAGAAGGUGACGGUAAAACCUUUCCAAAACCAGGUGAUUUAGUUACCAUCCAUUACAUUGGUACUUUAGAAAACGGGAAGAAGUUUGAUUCUUCUCGUGACAGAGGUAAGCCAUUCCAAACCACCAUUGGUGUUGGACAAGUUAUCACUGGUUGGGACACUGGUAUUCCAAAAUUAUCCCUUGGUACCAAGUCUCGUUUAACCAUUCCAGGUCAUGAAGCUUACGGUGAAAGAGGUUACCCAGGUUUGAUUCCUCCAAAUGCCACUUUGAUUUUCGAAGUUGAAUUGUUAGGUAUCAAUUAG